AUGUUUGGAGUCAGACAAAGAAACCGAUAUCGAGAUAUCUCCCAUCGUGCCUUUUCCUCCAUUUCACCAGCAAAUAUCUCGCCUAUCUGCCUUGGCCGCAUUGAAAAGCACACUCGACCAAUUGCUCAAUUCCCUCCCCUAGAGGAGUCUCCAUGGUACGUGGAUCCACCGUGCCUUCCCGACCAAAUCGACGAGGAACUCCGUGGAAAUGGCCUUCGCGCCUGGGGCUUUGUCAUUUACCGAUGUACCUACCAGAGCCAAGCGGCCUGGGACGAGUUUAUAUGUCGACUACUCACCAAUACUUACGAGACUCUGGAAGAAAUGGAAGCCCCUGAGAUCCUUGAAAACUUUGCCUUAACUGUGAUUGAAGACUCGGGAAGUUUAGACGGGGCUACCACUACUACGGUACGGCGGCACUUUCAGCAGUGGGUAGAGAACGCAGUACCAGAUGAACAUGGUACUAGCCGGAUUCUAAAAUCGCACCGAAAUCAGUACUGUCUUCAGAUUACGCAGGAUGUCUUAGACUCUGUUCUCACCCCUAAGAAGAAUGGAGGGGUUGUACGACUUAUUCGAGAGGUCUGGAAGGAGUAUGACCCUUACGAUGGAGGGGAAAGGCUUGAAGAUGAGUUCGAGGAGAUUGAAGGGUGUACUUUGGAAGAUGUAGGGUGGAUAAAGGUCCCGUUCUAUGAUGUGAUGUUUCUUUGUUGGGAAGAAUUAGCUGGAGAGUGUUGGGAAUACGAAUAUCGUCGUCCGCCGGAGAUUGCUUGUUGUUCGUUCUCGUUUCGGAAAGAAUUGGCUUGUUCUACAACAGAGAAAUAG